AUGUUUGCUUUCGACCAAGCCGCACUACCGCAGAUCACAACACGCAAAGCUCUCAUUGUGGUUGACUUUCAAAAUGAGUUCAUCGGCGAUGCUGAUCCAGCGUUGCCUGUUAAUCGCCCCGAGGGAUUUGUCAAACGCACAGCUGAGAUAGCAACCGCCUUUCGCUCUGUGGGGGAUGUCAUCUGGAUUCACUCUCGAUUUGACAAGGCUCGUUCGACUGAUGACGAUCAGAUCAUUUUAUCAGAGAACCCACCCGCUUCGCAACCUGCAUCUUCUCGAAAUAAGGGCAGGCCAAUUGUUACUGAGCCUUCUUCUGACGAACCUUUAGACCCUGAAGCUUUUCUAAGCCACGAAGAGCCUUUGCACGCCAAGACUUCUUCUGAUCCGGGGAGCAACGUCCCAUUGGCUAUCGAGGAGGCCAUUCACAGCAAGGACCUCAAAUUAACAAAGUCUUACUACUCAGCGUUUCAUGGCACACAGCUGUUGCGCGCCUUGCGUGGUAGAAUGGUUACUGAAGUUUUCAUCUGCGGCUCUCUUGCGAAUAUCGGUGUCUAUGCUACCGCCAUGGAAGCGGCCGGCCACGGUAUGGCCAUUACAGUCAUAGAAGACUGCUGUGGGUAUCGCCACAAGUCUAGGCAGGCUGCGGCGAUAAAGAAUCUCAUUGAGCUAACUGGCUGUGAGAUUUUACCCUCGGAAGAGGUCCUCAAGACCUUAGCCCCAAGCAAAUCAGAAACCAAGACUCCAGGUGAACCAACAUCUGCUAAACGGGCAAAGGCCGUCGCUAGCACCGAUGAAGACAUCAUACAGUCCCUGUCUGGUCUCAAGUUAGAUUCCAGCCCAUCCGGCCCUAGCUCUGCUGUAGGCAAGGUCAACCGGGCCCCGAAAGCCAAGAGCGAAUCUCAAGAGCCUAAAGAGGCCACCACUGAAGUUGAAAAAGAGAGUGAGAAAGACCAGCCUGUGGUUGGAGAUGGCCCAACGGGGCGUGUUGCCGAUGCUGAAAACGAAAGUGACUCGUCAUCUCAGUCCAAACUGUGCGAAGGUGACACAGACGUCAUAUAUGAUGCCCUGCCAAAGCCUUUAGCGGACGAAGCUUUUGAUAAGCUUGAGAAAGAGGUUCUUUGGCAGCGAAUGUCCCACCAGGGCGGAGAGGUUCCUCGACUCGUCGCAGUUCAAGGCCAAGUGGACGAAGAUGGCACGAUGCCAGUGUAUCGUCACCCUGCCGACGAAUCCCCGCCCCUGCUGUCCUUCUCUCCAACGGUCCAAGCCAUCAAAGCCGAAAUUGAGAAGCAUCUUGGUCAUCCUCUAAACCAUGUCCUCAUUCAAUUUUAUCGCGACGGAAAUGACUACAUUUCCGAGCAUAGCGACAAAACGCUAGACAUUGUAAAGGGGUCUUAUAUCGCAAACGUCAGCCUUGGAGCGGAAAGAACCAUGAUACUAAGAACUAAGAGGCUGGAAAGGGAUCUUUCUGGGACGGCAGCAGCAGCAGCAGCAGCAGCAGCAGCAAUAAGUAAGGAGGAGAAGCGAAAGAUUCAGCGUGCUCGCCUUCCUCACAACUCACUCUGUCGCAUGGGCCUGCAGACUAAUAUGAAGUGGCUGCACGCCAUCCGAAGAGACAAGCGCGCAGAUCGCGACAAGUCAGCUGCAGAACUGGCGUUUUCGGGGCGCCGUAUAUCGCUUACAUUUAGACACAUUGGAACGUUUCUGGAUCGUGAUGAGACUAUUAUCUGGGGUCAGGGGGCAACCGGCAGGACCCGCGACACCGCGCAUCCCAUAAGCAACGGUCAGAGCCCCGAAGCUGUUAAAAUGAUUCAGGCAUUCGGCACGGAGAAUCAUGCCUCAGAUUUUGACUGGUCUGCUCAUUACGGCCGUGGUUUUGACGUGCUGCAUAUUAGCAACUCUCCCAGGUUCUUUGCUUCUGCGGACCCAAUAGUGAAUAUGCGCAUCGCACUUAUGCUGGCCGAGUAUGGCAUUAAGUAUGCCAAGGGCAGCAUGGCUUCUGGCUCCGAAUCCCAUAACGAGAACCAAACAAACCCGCCAGCAUUGUGGUCUCUUCCCAUAAAGUUCAUUGAUAAUGAUGCCGCUAAAUCGGUCAUUCAUGGCGACAUGGCUAUUAUGCUCUACCUUUACUCGCGCUAUGACCCGGGCCGUGUCACUGGAUCAGGAGCUGCCACUCGAAAUCCAUCAGAACUUGCUAAACUGUUCAGCCAAUUUCAACAAGGAAUGAAGUUCUUCAAUCUCUGGCGCCAACUGAGUGGCGAUGGAAGUACAGGGACUCGUGCCGGAGCACUACCUGUGACAUUGAAGCAAGAACUUGCUGUUUGGGACAGUUACAUUGUCGACGUUUCGAAAAAUGAGCGAGUUCCAUUCCUAUGUGAAGAUUCUCUCACCCUUCCUGACUUUGUCGUCUGGCCGAUUCUGUAUUCCAUCGUAGAAGAGCACGGCUCAGAAGUAGCAUUUAAAGGUCUAGACGGGUUGCAGAAGUAUUAUGAGGCUGUUCGACAGUUGGAUAACGUGGUUACUGCUGUAGGAAAUCGCUAG